UACACUACAGCGUGGUUACUGUCGUCUGCUUUUGUAAACAAAGAGUAUAUUGGGCGGAUGUAACUACAUUUAUAGUAAGAUACUUUCUGACGAGAUUUACUUUCACUUUCUAUUACAGGAUCAUAACAGACAUUAAAAGUAUACAUCUCUUUUGCAAAGAUACCGUUAUAACAAGAAUUAUUCGCAUCAGUAGGAGUAACUGUGUCAUAUUUUCAGUUUCCUUCACGUAUUUACGGGUAAUAGUGGUAUCAUCUGCUACCCUUUCUUCCUUCUGUGUUCCGUUUUGGCCUCCGUAUAUGCCUCUAUAAAUAAGUCCACGCCAUAGACGUUUCCUGGUAUAAAGGAGGCACAUUCACAGGUAUUCCCAAAUCUUGAUCCUUUUCAAGCAGUUUACUGAUGAUCUGUGGUCUUCAACGGUUCUUUCUUCAAGACAGUUCUUACCAAUAUAGUCGAGGUUCUGCUAUUUCUUGCUAGUCCAAACGUUGAUGAUCUUCCACUUUUACCAAUAUUGAAGCAUUGCUGCUUUGCUAAACAGCUAUUUGAACAUUUGGACAACUGUACAUGAUUUAGACAUGGGUGACAGGAUCUACAGAACCAACUUUCUAGAGCUGGAUGGAUUAACAUUUAGUUUUAAUAUGACCAAUCACCUCGACCCUCUGGUAUCAGAGGACGAUAGUUUAACAGCAAUCUGCGAGAAGAUUUCAAGUUAUCAUCAGUUGAUGUUUCCAAACUGGACAAGACUCAGGGCGGAUUUUCGUAUUAUUAGAAUAACCCCAGAAAAUGAACUUUUUGAAUAUCUCGAUGCAAACUCCCGGGGAAAACUUCUUAAUUGGCUUAUCUUCUCCCGGGUUGGCGACCAAAUAAUUGUUACUCACUUUGGUCCUUUUGGAAAGAAAAAAGAAAACGACUUUGAAGACAAUGUAGACCAAACACGCCUUAGUCUACAGAAGUUAAGAGAUAUUUGGCUUCAAGUGCGUUCCUCAUCCAAGCCUCAAAGCCAAAAAGAGACAGAACUAAAGGCUAUUCGCACCAAGAUAUUGGAGGAAUUCUGGGGGCUGAUAAAAGCUAGCGAGGAACAAAUUGAGGCAAAAAAGAGAGAGUUGAAAGAAGUUACAGAAUUUGUUUUCGAAAGCGAAGAUAAAAGAGCACGUAUCGCUCACCAAAUUGAAAAGAUAACGAUUAAAACAGGAUGGGUACUUGUUCGACAAAUAGUGAGAGCGCUGGUGAUGGAAAUCACAAUAGAAAUCGCAAAAGUGGUUGCUAAGAUGGCAGCCAAGCAAACAGCCAAACAAGGUGCCAAAGGUGCAUCGAAGGGAGUCGCCAAAACCACAGCGAAGGCCGUUCCAUUUCUCGGGUUGGUGGUGGGUACUGGAUUUGCAAUCUGGAGGCUGGCAGAAGGAGAUGUUGCAGGCGCAGGACUGGAGAUUGCUUCCGGGGCAGCAUCCUGCGCACCUGGAGCAGGAACUGCAACUGCCUUGGCAAUCGACGCUAGUCUCCUUGUCAAGGACGUAAAGAACGUAAUUGAUAUAGCGGCGGAAAAAAGGGAAAAAAUGGAGGCUCUGAAAGCUGUCACCGAGAGGAUCGAAAGGGAACUUAUUCAUCUUUUCGAAGAGUGCGAAAAAGCCAAGGCAGAGUACGACUUUGUACGCAAGGUUUUAGGAGACCCUGGAUAUGAUUUUAAAAAAUUGGAGCGCGAUAUCAAAGUUGUGGACAAGGUUUUGCGUGAACUUCAUAAUAACUGAGAAAUCUUCUCAUUUCCAAUCUUUACAAAGACUAACAUGGCUAACGUGUCUUUUCAAAAUCUUUUGUGAUAAGAACAUUCAAAAAAAUGUUGGCACAUUAAUUUUAGAAUUAAAAUGUUAAUAAAGGGGAGCCCAGCGAAAGUCUGAGUAAAGCAAUUGGAGCCCAACAGACGAAGUUGGCGAAGACGAGAAUAGCCAUAAGUGUUCCGAUGGUAACAUCAUCACUCCAGGACAUGUAAUUAUUGUUUUGCUCUUGCAAGUUAAGUAUUGAUGUAGCAACAACAGAUACGAGUUUUAAGUGUUGUCUGCAAAAGCAAAUCAUUUCAAUAUUUGUAAGUAUAACGCAUGUGUCAAUAUCAGAUCAAUCAAAUUCAUCAUGAAAUAUAUAUGCACGAUUGCUUUGGUUUAGUUGCAGAAUACAGCAUGAAUACAACAUGUCUCAUCCCUUACACAGACAUGGGAAACACUUACUUAACUGCUUAUAUGAUAGAAACAAAGUUUAUGUGAAAUUAUUGUUUAUACUGUUAUAUAAUGUGUAAAUGUACCAUACGUCAUGUCCUGAUGCCAUAGUCUUAUAUAAUCUUGUUAAAAUUUUCAACGGAGUCCGAGCCAGAAGAAAUAAUAGUUUAAAUACUUUUCUGAGGCUAGAACCAGAGAAAGCUAACAGAAAUAACAAAAGUGUCAGUAGUUGUGCUGCUAUUUACAUAUAUUGUCUGACACGAGCGCCUCUAGUGGCAAACCUUCUCCAACAAAAAAUGGGAUAAGAAACUAAACCUGAUUACUGUCACAUAAGAGUACACAUGACGUCAUGUUCUUACUAUUGUGACUCCAAGUAAAUGUUAUCGUAAAAUGGGUAUUGCACGCCCGUUAAGAUAACCCAUUCUCUGACGACUACUCCCUCAAUGUACCACGUGACAUCUGUCAGCCGCUGUACCUAGUGAUUUAGUUCUUGUCACCGUUGUAAUGUGUUAUGCCGUAUGACAGCAAACUCAAUCAUGUGGUAUUGAAUAUCUACAUUUGUACGAGAUUAUGUAGCACUGACAAACGCAGGCGUAUGGUAUAGUAGCUAUGGAGAGUUCAACAA